AUGCUAGACGGGUGGUACUGCCGCUCUAUAGCAAAUAUGCAAGCCAACGAGGCUAGUGUGAGCAAUAAUGCGCCGCCGGAGCCCCCACAGGCGCGUGACUCACACAAAGAGUAUUCUUCGGACAGUAGUAGUGAUCCUGAACCUGAACCUAACUACAGGGCACAGUACAUGGCACUGAAGAAGAAGCUCAAGUAUCUCAUUUAUGAAAACGAAUGCUUCCAAGAUGCUCUGAGAUGUAGUCAAAAGAGAUUGCUGAAAGUAUCAAGAGACCGCACCUUUCUGCUGGACCGUUUGUUGCAACAUGAGAAGCCAGACAGCACCACAUCUGAGAGUGAAGAUACUGAGUCGUCAGAUGACCCGGAGUAUUAUCGCAAUGAUGUCAAAAGAAAGAAAAUGGAAGCUAGUGCAGCCAAUCAGAACGUAUCUACAAGCUCAUCAGUCAAAGGGGCUAGUACAAUAAAAAGGAAAAGGGCAACAGUGCCUAAGAAACCUCCUAAUGCUAGUCAUCUUCAUCAGUCUACAGGUUCUAUGCUGUCUAAAGUUUCUCCGGCUUUGGGUUUCGGCCUUUCGGCUGGUGAUGGUCACAUGACUCCCGAAGAAGUGGAGCGACACUUACAAUCUCGGCAGACGUACAUGGAACUGUUACCAGAGCGGGCUCCACCCACGGUUCCAACAGAAAUGUUCAGUAACGACCCUUCACUUGACAGUGAAUCGAACGACGUUUUAGAGAAUUCGCCGAAUGUCGAGGAAUGGUUCGAUUGA